AUGGAGGGGACGCGUCGGCAACUGGCCCUCGUGCGGCCGUGGCGGGAGUUCUUCGAUAGGCAGAGUUUCACCGCGCCAGCAGGCCUCAGCGAGUCGCUCAGCCGCCUCAACCGAAACAUCAACUUCUACUACCAUAACUACAUCAUUCUUGCGUUGCUGGGCUCGUCCUAUGUAUUGCUGCUAAACCCGACCUUCAGCAUCUGUUUGCUUCUCACCAUGGUAAUGUGGUGGUACGUGCGGAUGAAGCACACGGAGGCGGUGGCGACGAACAGCAACCACUUCUUAUUGUUCAACCGCGAGAUCACGUUCUCACAGGCGUACCUCCUCAUUUUCAUAUUCGGUGUAGCAUCGUUCUUCCUGUCAAACGGUAGCUCGGUAGUGUUCUGGCUAGUGCUCUCGUCGCUGGGCAUUGUGGUGGCACACGCGGUGAUGCUCAAGCCGGCUGUAGAGGAGCAGCCGUUCUCCUUUGUGUAG